AUGUCUCUGACGGCACCGACGAUCCUUGCUUCGCCGGACGUAAAUGCAAUUAAGACAACUACUGAUAUCUACCAUGACCUAUUCGGGGAUGAAGAUAUACAGUCCACAGAAAAUGGUCAAAGGACAGCAUUAUCAAGCGCAAUGUCUGUCGAGCUUGAUUGCAUUACUCAAACCUCGCCAGAUACUUCCUCCAUCCAAUCCAUCGACAAAGCUGAUAUUCUUCCAACGUUGCAUCUCCCUCGAUUUAUCAAAUCUCUACCAUCCCACUUGGACGAGGACGAUUUGCGAUACCUACAAGCGCGUGGGUGCUUUACGUUUCUGUCUGCCGAUUUGGAGAAGAUCGUGAUCCGCAGAUACGCAGAAUUCAUCCAUCCAUUGGUUCCGGUCCUCGACUUUGACGAAUUUGUUGACAUCGUUUUCGGAGAUCUGCAGAAGAAGCUAUCUCUACUUCUGUAUCAUGCUGUUAUGUGUGCCGGGUUAGCCGCCGUCGAUAUACAGACGAUUCUUGACCACGGUUUUGAGUCAAAAGUUGCUGCGAGAAAACAGUAUUACACCAAAGCCAAGGUCCUAUUUGAUAUGGACGUCGAAACGGACCGUCUGGUGGCAUGCCAGGCAGCCAUGCUACUUAUCAGCUGGGGCAGCUAUGAGCACUCUAGGGAUCCGUUUUAUUGGAUGGGCAUCGCGAUCAGCGAGGCAUGCUCCUUGAGGAUUCACAGGCCUGAAGCUGAUACUAACCUUCCCAAAAACGAGCAGAGAUUGCGCCAGAGAAUCUGGUGGACUAUAAUUAUGAAAGAGUGCGAUGUCUGCCUGACAUUGGGAAGGCCGCCGCGGAUAUCACCUCAUCGAACGCCCUUGCCUCAACACGACGCAUUCACGAACACCUCCCAACUCAGUAACUAUUCACAUCUGCCAGAAACUGGAAAGCUUCGGAGAGAUCCAUGGAUACAACGACGACUCGAGAUGGCGUAUAUCGAAAAGGCAAAGCUUGCGACGGUUAUCUACCGGAUUCUGAGAUUUUCCUCUUCUAAUGACGACUUUGUCAGUUGCCAAAAGAAUCGGAAUGCAAGAAUUUGGCAGCUUGAAUCAGAACUCAAAGACUGGCGCCUUCAGUUACCUAUGGAGCUGACCUCAUUUGAUACAGCUUUGAAUUUGUCCGAAGAUGCAGAUAGGUCAUUGCAGAUGACCAUGUCGAUCUUGCAUCUAACACAGCUCAUGGCCUUGAUAAUGCUGCACAAGAGCGAGGUGUCGGUUGCGACUUGGACAAAAUGCUUACAGAUCGGAGAGGACUGGUUCGAAGAUAACGAGGCACUGAACGCUCAGGGACACACCAAGUCAGUGAGACAAGCUGCGCACGAGAUCACCGCCAUUCACAAGACUUUACAUGAGCAACAGUUGACUCCCUCGCUUCCAACAACCUGUAUAGCUACGGUUUGUACGGCUGUGUUUGUCCAUUUGCUGGACGCAAGGUCAACGGAAGGGUCCAUACGAAAUUCAGCCUUGGAGCAUCUCGACACUUGUCUAACCAUCCUACAUGAACUUGGACAUAUGAAUGAGGCGGCUACAGACAUCACGAGGAUUGUUGAGUCGGCCGUUCGAGCGGUCGGAGGCGGCUCCUCUGCUGCGUCGACCGGUCAGGAGAAUGCUGCGUCACCGACCGGCACCGCGGGCUCGACUCGGUCUCGAUUCACGAACGAUGGCCAAUGUGGCACCCCAAGCUUUAUGGAAGGAGUUGUGCCUGACCAACCCCCGAACCAGCAUACUCAUGGGACUUCAAGCCCUUCUCGGGAUGCGUUUGGAGCAGCAUUUGAAUUCGGUGGCCAGGACCUAUUUUACGGCGUCGAGAACUUUUUCGACUUUGAGCUGAUCGAAAGUGUGAGCUUACUGGCAGGGGCUUGA